GCACAUGCUGCAUAAUUAUGUUCUCUUUCCUAUAUUUUUAAACCUGUAGAACUUUUAUCUUUGGGAGGUGGUAGAAAAUGUAGUAUUCCUAAUAUUCAGUCCAAAAACUUGUUAAAUUCUUGAGGUACUCCUCUCGCAUCUCUGGUGUUUUUCCUGAUUUCUAUGAUGAGGAAGAGCGAGGAGCAAAGAGUUCAUAUUCCUAUUAUGUAUUUGUAAACACUACUACUUCCAAUAAAGAACGCCAACACAAUCACUUUAUCAACACAGAAACCGAAGCUUCUCUUUCUUUUCCAUCAAUUCAGUUACCAUCUUGAGACUUUUUGUCUCUUUGUCUUUCUUAUGCCUUGAAUUCCUCAAUAGCAAUGAACAGAAUAUAGAACGCAGACUAGGAUAUCACUAAAGGGAAGAUGGAGUUUGAUCUUGAAGAUCCACUAGUCAGCUUGGAAGAAGAGCAACCCUUUACUGUAUCAGAACUCUUUGCCUCCGAAUCAGAUCACAUGCCCUCACCAAACUACUUAAGUCUAACACAUUUUCACGUUUUCUGUUUUGAGGCCAUAUCUCUUAUUCUUCAGGUGAAGUUAUGUUUAUGUAAUAGGUUCAUUUCCCCCUCCUUCGUGUCACAUUUGCUACAUUUUGUUAUGUUUCUUCAGGUUCAGCUUUCUUACAAAUUAGACCCUUUUGUAGCUUACCUUGCUAUAAAUUACAUGCACCGUUUCAUGUCAAGCCAGGAAAUUCCGAAGGGGAAUCCGUGGUAUCUUAGGCUUGUUGUCGUAUCGUGUCUCUCUCUUGCUUCAAAGAUGAAAAACACAACUUUGCCAUUUUUGGAAAUGCAGAAAGAAGGUUGUAACUUUAAGGUUCAAAGUAUUCACAAAAUGGAGCCUCUGAUUCUCGGGGCACUGAAAUGGCGUAUGAGAUCAAUUACACCUUUUUCUUUCCUGCGCUUCUUCAUCUCUUUAGCUGAAAUUGAAGACCAAUCACUGAAGCAAGCACUCAAAGAGAGAGCUUCUACUAUAAUCUUCAAUGCUCAAAAUGACAUUAAGCUUUUAGAGUAUAAGCCUUCAACUAUUGCAGCAACUGCCCUCAUCAUUGCAUCGCAUGAACUACUCCCUCAUCAAUAUUGUAUUCUGAGAGCUUCAAUUAUAUCCAGUGAGUACCUAGAUGAGGAGACAUUGUCCAAGUGCUUUGAUUUGAUGCAAGAGAUGAUAAGAACGGUAGCAAAAGAGUUAGAGACAGAAAGAUGGUUUUUAAGAACAGAAACUCCAGGGAGUGUGCUUGAAAGAAACAACAAACGACAAAGAAUUUAAUGGUCUAUAUGUUGCAGAACAAAUUCCUGUCUUCCUCCAAACUCAGGAAGGAGGGAGCCAAGGGAGAACAAUCAUGUUUGGUCCAUAUGUCGUUCACCAUAAAGGAAUUAUUGUAAUCUAUUGCAUAAAAUGAAAUUCAGAAAUUACGUUGAUAUAUCCCAUUAACAGCCACUAAAGAAAAUAGUCAAAAUUUCAAUCCCAAGGUAAUUAAAUCGUGGCCUCAAUCUCACACAAGAAAGUUCUAAAAACUGGUUUGUUUCACUGUUUUAGGCUUGGCUGUGGCUGUAAAUGAAUAGACUGAGGUCACCUGAUAUGUUCCCUAUGUUGCAUUUCAAACAUAGGGAAGCCAAAUCAUUGUUCGAUUCCUAGAUGGAUGGUUGUGUCCUUUGCUUUUAGGAAAGAGAUCAUUGUCAUGCAUAUCUCUUGCCUUUUCUAACGUUAAGGAUGUCUUCUCUGGUCAAAAGUACCAUGACACAUAUCAUUAUUCCAACACCUUUUUAUUUAACCAAUUUCCAACUUAU